GGAUGCAUCAUCAAAGAUGGCUUUCAGUGUCGGAUGGUACAUCAUAAACGACCUGUUCAUUUAAUGACAUUUUUGCAGUCAAAUAAGCCCUAGUGGUUAUAGAAGACUGGAGCGGUGGACGGAAGCCGUCGCAAGCAGUGUCCAUCACCUGCGACGUGCUACGGCCGCCUGCCUCCUUGCAGCAUUUUUAUCGUCCCUACAGCUAGCGAGUUAGCUAACUUAGCUCAUUUGUAAAUAUUAGCCAGCUAGCUAACGUUAGCGACAUCUGGUCCCGUUAAAAUGGCCACCAUGGAGAAAUUGAUGAAGGCCUUUGAGUCUCUCAAGUCAUUCCAGCAACAGCAGGGACCACCAUCGGCCGAAGAGCUAGUUCAAAAACAGAAAAAAGAUCUCGCAACAACCAAAAAGGAUCGGGUGACCCACUGUCUGACGAUAUGUGAAAACAUUGUGGCACAGUCUCUGAGGACGUCGCCAGAGUUCCAGAAACUUCUGGGCAUCGCCAUGGAGAUGUUCCUGUUGUGUACCGAUGAUAAGGAGUCUGACGUCAGGAUGGUGGCGGACGAGUGCCUCAACAAAAUCAUCAAAGCAUUGAUGGACUCCAACUUACCCAGGCUGCAGCUGGAGCUGUACAAAGAGAUUAAGAAGAACGGUGCCUCCCGUAGUCUGCGAGCUGCCUUGUGGAGGUUUGCAGAGCUGGCCCACCUCAUCCGGCCGCAGAAGUGCAGACCUUACCUGGUCAACCUUCUGCCCUGUUUGACACGGAUCACCAAGCGUCAGGAGGAGAUGGUGCAGGAGACUCUGGCCUCCUCCAUCCCCAAGAUCAUGUCUGCCCUGGGCCAAUUUGCUAAUGACGGAGAGAUCAAGGUGCUGCUGAAAGCAUUUGUGGCUAACCUGAAGUCCAGCUCGCCCACCAUCCGCCGAACCGCAGCCAGCUGUGCCGUCAGCGUCUGUCAGCACUCACGCAGAACACACUACUUCUACACCUGGCUCCUCAACGUGCUGCUCGGUCUGGUGGUUCCGGUGGAUGAGGAGAGGCCUAAUCACCUGAUCCUGGGUGUGCUGCUCACGCUGCGCUACCUGAUGCCCCUGCUGCAGCAGCAAGUGCCCAACACCAGCCUGAAGGGCAGCUUUGGCGUCAUGCGCAAGGAGGCUGACGUCUCCCCAUCCCCAGAACAGCUGGUCCAGGUGUACGAGCUGACGCUACACUACACGCAGCACGGCGACCACAACGUGGUGACUGCCUCGCUGGAGCUGCUCCAGCAGGCAUUCCGCACGCCGCCGCCCGAGCUUCUGCACAUGCUCACCACCCCAGGUGUCCUGCCACGCCACACUGUCUUCCGCCAGGAGGCAGACAGCCGAGCCCGCAGCGGCAGCAUCGUGGAGCUCAUCGCUGGCGGAAGCUCAUCGUGGAGCCCGCUCCUCCUCAGGAAGCAGAAAGGAAAAGUGCUGUCGGGGGAGGAGGAGGGGUUGGAGGAUGACCCUGAAACGAGGGCAGAGGUCACCGGCUCCUUCACAGCGUCAGUCACUACCGAGUCGGGCAGCAGCGACGUGUCGGCGCCGUCGUCGUCGGGCGUGUCCUCGCUGACACCAGCAGACAUCAUUACCCAGCAGCCGCGCUCCUCCCAGCGUGCCCUGCAGCCGGGCGACUCGGUGGAGCUGAGCGGCGCCGGGGGCGACAGCGGGCCCGACGACGCAGACGCCGACGAGGAGGACAUGCUGAGCCGCAGCUCCAGUGGCGGCGCUGGCGGGCCAGGAGGAGGGGCCGUCCCCUCAGCGGCCGUGACCAGCGAGGAGUCCGUUGACGGUGACUCAAGGCAGGACCAACAGCAGCAGCGGCCCUCGGUUGCCCCGAGCGACAGCUCCCAGACCACCACGGAGGGGCCUGACUCGGCCGCCACACCCUCGGAGUGCCCUGAGCUCGUUCUGGAUGGUAGUGAGAGUCAGUAUUCAGGGAUGCAGAUUGGAACACUACAAGAUGAGGAGGAAGAGGGUGGCGCUCCUGGCCCAGAUGAACCUUUGGAGUCCUUCUCCCAGUCCGUGUUAGCCAUGACGAGGCCCCACCUGCUGGAAGGGAAAGGUCACAACAGGCAGGCGUCGGACAGCAGUGUGGACCGCUUCAUACCAAAGGAUGAGCAGCUGGAGCCCCCCGACCCAGAGACCAAGCCGUCCAGGAUCAAAGGGGUUAUUGGACACUACACCGACCCCAAGGAGGAGCCUCUGGUCCACUGUGUGCGCCUGCUGGCCGCUUCCUUCCUACUGACUGGACAGAAAAAUGGGCUGGUGCCGGACAGGGAGGUGCGGGUCAGUGUGAAGGCCCUGGCCGUGAGCUGUGUGGGGGCGGCCGCUGCUCUCCAUCCUGAGGCCUUCUUCAACACCCUCUACCUGGAGCCGCUAGAGGGCCUAGCCCCAGAUGAGCAACAGUAUAUCAGCGACAUCCUGAAGUAUGUGGACCACGGUGACCCGCAGAUCCGGGGGGCCACGGCCAUCCUGUGCGGUGCCCUGAUCCAGGCCAUCCUGCUCAAGACGCGCUUCAACGUGGAGGCCUGGCUGGCCACGGUCCAGAGCUCAACUGGAAACCCCAUCUCGCUAGUGGACUUAGUGCCUUUGCUGCAGAAGUGCUUGCGGGACGAGUCGUCGGUGACCUGUAAGAUGUCCUGUGCUGCUGUGAGGCACUGCAUCAUGGCUCUGAGCAGCAGCAGCCUGAGUGAGCUGGGCCUGCGGCUGCUGAUUGACCUGCUGGCCCUCCGUGACUGCUCCUACUGGCUCGUCCGCACCGAGCUGCUGGAAACGGUGGCCGAGGUGGACUUCAGAUUGGUUAAUUUCCUUGAGAGGAGAACGGAUAGUUUGCACAAAGGAGAACAUCAUUACACCGGGUUGCUCAGACUACAGGACCGGAUCCUCAGUGAUGUCAUCGUCUACCUUCUGGGGGAUGAGGACCCCAGAGUCAGACAUGUUGCUGCUGCUACUGUCAGCAGGGUGGUGUCACGACUGUUCUACGACUGUGACCAGGCACAGGCGGACCCUGUGGUGGCCAUUGCACGGGAGCAGAGCAGCUUGUACCUCCAGCUACUGAUGCACGAGACCCAGCCGCCCUCUCAGUUUACCGUCAGCACUAUCACCAGGACAUACAGGGGCUACAACUUGUCCCUGGGUACCUCUGAUGUGACCAUGGAGAACAACUUGUCUCGAGUGAUAAGUGCAGUGUCCCAUGCGCUCUCGUCCUCCACGUCCAGAGCUCUCACGUUUGGCUGCUGUGAGGCCCUGUGUCUGCUGAGCUCCAGUUUUCCGGUGACAGGUUAGACAGGCUGGCACUGUGCCCAUCCUGCCCCCAGCCUAUCCCAGUCGAGUGUCCCGGAGGAGCCCAGGAGGUGCCUGACCGUGGGCAUGGCCAACAUGGUGCUCUCGCUGCUGUCCUCCGCCUGGUUCCCCCUGGAUCUGUCGGCCCACCAGGACGCCCUGGUGCUGGCUGGGAACCUGCUGGCCGCUGCCUCCCCCAAGUGCAUGAAGAGCCCCUGGAGUGGCGAGGAGGAGACCAAUGCAGCAGCCAAGCAGGAGGAGCCGUGGCCGGCCCUCAGUGACCGCUCUCUCAUCGGCAUGGUGGAGCAGCUCUUCUCCCACCUCCUCAAGGUCCUCAACAUCUGCGCCCAUGUGCUGGACGACACGCCACCUGGCCCCGCCGUCAAGGCCACGCUGCCCUCCCUGGCUAACCCCCCGUCCCUGAGCCCCAUCCGCAGGAAGGGCAAAGACAAGGACACGGCCGAACCGCCCGCUCCCAUGAGCCCCAAGAAGGGGGGCGACCCCAACACAGGCCGGCCAGCAGACAGCACAGUGGCUGCGCCCGUCAGCAAGUCCACCACUCUAGGCAGUUUCUACCACCUUCCUCCCUACCUGAAGCUCUAUGACGUUCUCAAGGCCACAUAUGCCAACUACAGGGUGACACUGGAUCUCCACACCACCAAUGAGAAGUUUGGCGGUUUCCUGCGCUCCUCGCUGGACGUGCUCUCCCAGCUGCUGGAGCUGGCCACGUUACACGACAUCGGGAAAUGUGUGGAGGAAGUCUUGGGGUACCUCAAGUCCUGCUUCUCCAGAGAGCCAACAAUGGCCACUGUUCAGCUACUGAAGACGUUGUUUGGGACAACCUGGCGUCCCAGUACGAGGGGGCCGGGCCAAGACCCAUGUCGCUUUCCCGGGAAGGCUCCUCGGUUUGGUCCAGCUGCCUGGCGGCCCGGCCUCUACCACUACUGCUUCAUGGCACCCUACACCCACUUCACCCAGGCACUGGCCGAUGCCAGCCUCAGGAACAUGGUGCAGGCCGAGCAGGAACAGGACGCCUCAGGAUGGUUUGAUGUCAUGCAGAAGGUGUCCAGUCAGAUGAGGUCCAGUAUCACCAAUGUCACGCGCCACAGAGGUGACAAGAAUGUCAUCCACAACCACAUCCGUCUGUUUGAGCCGCUGGUCAUCAAGGCACUGAAGCAGUACACCACCAGCACCUCGGUGGCGCUGCAGAGGCAGGUCCUGGACCUGCUGGCCCAGCUUGUGCAGCUGCGGGUCAACUACUGCCUGCUGGACUCUGACCAGGUGUUCAUCGGCUUUGUUCUCAAGCAAUUUGAGUACAUUGAAUUGGGCCAGUUCAGGGAUUCGGAGGCGAUCGUGCCCAACAUCUUCUUCUUCCUGGUGCUGCUGUCCUAUGAACGCUACCACUCCAAGCAGAUCAUCAGCAUCCCAAAGAUCAUCCAGCUCUGCGAUGGCAUCAUGGCCAGUGGGAGGAAGGCAGUUACUCACGCCAUCCCUGCCCUGCAGCCGAUAGUCCAUGACCUGUUCGUGCUCCGGGGCUCAAACAAAGCCGACGCCGGAAAAGAGCUGGAGACCCAGAAGGAGGUGGUGGUCUCUAUGCUGCUCCGCCUUAUCCAGUACCAUCAGGUGCUGGAGAUGUUCAUCCUGGUCCUGCAACAGUGUCAUAAAGAGAACGAGGACAAGUGGAAGAGACUCUCUCGCCAGAUCGCUGACAUCAUCCUGCCUAUGAUCGGCAAACAGCAGAUGCAUCUGGACUCCCAUGAGGCGUUGGGUGUGCUCAACACACUGUUUGAGACGGUGGCUCCCUCCUCACUGAGGCCUGUCGACAUGCUGCUCAAGAGCAUGUUCGUCACUCCGGCUACUAUGGCGUCAGUGGGGACGGUGCAGCUGUGGGUGUCUGGCAUCCUGGCCGUGCUGCGCGUGCUCAUCUCCCAGUCCACUGAGGACAUCGUGCUAUCCCGCGUGCAGGAGCUCUCCCUGUCCCCCUACCUGCUGUCCUUCCCCACCAUCCGCCGGCUGCAGAGCGAGGUGGCCGCUCAGGCGCCCCCCCCACCCCAGCCGGCCGGCGGCCAGGAGACCAACGGCGAGCCCCAGCGCUUCCCACCUGAGGAGACCUUCGCCAGGUUCCUGCUGCAGCUGGUGGGUGUGCUGUUGGAGGACAUCUCCAGUAAGCAGGUGAAGGUGGACAUGAGUGAGCAGCAGCACACGUUCUACUGCCAGCAGCUGGGCACCCUCCUCAUGUGCCUCAUCCACAUCUUCAAGUCCGGAAUGUUCCGGCGCAUCACUGCAGCUGCCACCAAGCUGCUGAAAGCCGAGGGCCCGGCGUCAGGGGUCGGGGUGGGCGAGGGCUGCUUCUACAGCCUGGAGGGUCUGAAUGCGCUGGUCCUGCGCCUCAUCACCACCCACCCCCCGCUGGUGCUGCUUUGGUGUCAGGUGCUGCUCAUCAUCAACUACACCAACUACACCUGGUGGUCCGAGGUGCACCAGACGCCCAGGAGGCACAGUAUGUCCAGCACAAAGCUGCUGAGUCCACAAUCGUCCGGGGAGGGCAACCAGGACGGGCUGGAGACGCGGCUGGCCAUGUGCAAUCGAGAGAUCGUCCGCCGGGGGGCGCUCAUCCUCUUCUGUGACUACGUGUGCCAGAACCUGCACGACUCGGAGCACUUGACCUGGCUGACGGUGAAUCAUGUGCAGGAGCUGAUCAGCCUUUCCCAUGAGCCCCCGGUGCAGGACUUCAUCAGUGCUGUCCACCGAAACUCCGCCGCCAGCGGCCUCUUCAUCCAGGCCAUCCAGUCCCGCUGCGACAAUCUGACCAACCCCACCAUGCUGAAGAAGACCCUGCAGUGUCUGGAGGGGAUGCACCUGAGCCAGUCGGGGGCUCUGCUCAUGCUCUACGUGGACAAGCUGCUCAGCACGCCCUUCCGGGUGCUAGCGCGCAUGGUGGACACGCUGGCCUGCCGCCGUGUGGAGAUGCUGCUGGCCGAGACGCUGCAGAACAGCGUAGCUCAACUGCCUGUGGAGGAGCUGGACAGGCUCCAGGAGUAUCUGCAGAGCAGUGGACUGGCCCAGAGGCACCAGAGGUUCUACUCCCUGCUGGACAGGUUCCGAGCCUCUCUCCCCGAGGAGACGGCAAGCCCCACACCGCCGGUCAGCACACACCCACUAGAUGGAGAGCCACCCCCUCCCACACAGCAUGUGGUAGCUAAUAAGGAGUGGUAUGUGACGUUAGUGAAGUCUCAGUGUUGUUUGGGUGGAGAGGGGGCGUUGUAUGAAACCACGGCGCUGCUGACCAAACUGCCCCAGGAGGAUCUCAGCGCCAUCAUGGCCUGCAAGGAGUUCAAUCUGGCCCUGCUGGCCCCCUGCCUGAGUGUUGGGGUGCAGAGGCUAACCCAAGGUCAGGGCGGGGUCCUAUUGGACACUGCUCUCCAGGUGACCAUGGAUCGCCUGUCCGCCACCACGCAGCUCCUCCCCCUCCCCCACCACUCCUUCUUGCCGCCCACCGAUGCGGAGUCCGAGCCUGAAGGCUACUGGGACAAACUGGCCGACGUCUAUAAGGGCCCCUGCCAGCCAGCACUGGUGGCCUCCUUCACCACCCUCACCAUAGAGACGGUGGUGUGGCGAGUGCUGCAGGACCAGCUCCCUCUGAGCGUGCAGCUGCAGGCGUCCCUGUCCUGUGUGUGUCUGGCCCUGCAGCAGCCGGCUGUCUGGACCCUGCUGGCCUCGGGCCCCUACCUCAGCCAGGCCAUGUCCAUCAUCCACUGCGUCCGCCUGCUCAUCCACGCAGUCGCUGUGGGGCCUGGUGACCAGCUUCUCCGACCGGAAAGAAAGAGGUCUAACUCUGAAUCUGGGGAAGAUGAAGUGGACUCAGCCAAAGACGAUGUGAGCAAGCAGCGUGCGUGUGAGGUGAUGGUUGAGCUGGUGGAGGGCUUGCAGACGGCGCUCUUUCUGGGCCACCCUCGGAACCGGUCUAUCCCAGCAUUCCUCACUCCCACCCUGCGCAAUGUCAUCAUCAGCCUCGCCAGGCUACCGCUCGUCAACAGCUACACCCGCGUGCCGCCACUGGUGUGGAAGCUGGGCUGGUCCCCCAGGCGUGGUGGUGAGUUUGGUACGGCACUGCCAGAGAUCCCUGUGGAGUUCCUGCAGGAGAAGGACGUCUUCAGGGAGUUCCUGUACCGCAUCAACACUCUGGGGUGGAGCAGUCGGACGCAGUUUGAGGAGACCUGGGCCACACUGUUGGGGGUGCUGGUCACCCAGCCAAUCGCCAUGGACCAGGAAGAGGAGAGUCCGCAGGAGGAGGAUCUGGAGCGGACUCAGAUUAACGUGCUUGCGGUGCAGGCCAUCACCUCUCUGGUGCUGAGCGCCAUGACUCUUCCUGUGGCGGGAAAUCCCGCCGUCAGCUGCCUGGAGCAGCAACCGCGCAACAAGACCCUCAAAGCCCUGGAUACGAGGCUUGGGAAGAAGCUGAGUGUGAUCCGGGGGGCCGUGGAGAGGGAGAUCCAGUCCAUGGUGUCCAAGAGGGACAACGUGGCCACUCACUUCCCUUAUCAGGCCUGGGACCCCGUGCCCUCACUCUCCUCCUCCUCUGCAGGCACCCUGAUUAGCCACGAGAAGCUCCUCCUGCAGAUCAACACAGAGAGAGAGAUGGGCAACAUGGAGUACAAACUGGGCCAGGUGUCCAUUCAUUCGGUGUGGCUGGGGAACAACAUCACCCCUCUGAGGGAGGAGGAGUGGGACGAGGAUGAGGAGGAUGAGACCGAUGCCCCGGCACCAGCCUCACCCCCCAUCUCUCCCAUCAACUCAAGGAAGCACCGUGCUGGAGUAGACAUCCACUCCUGCUCCCAGUUCCUCCUGGAGCUCUACAGUCAGUGGAUCCUGCCAGGGAGCCCCAGUAACCGCAAGACCCCCGUCAUCCUCAUCAGUGAGGUGGUGCGAUCGCUGCUGGCGGUGUCGGACCUCUUCACUGAGCGGAACCAGUUUGACAUGAUGUUCUCCACCCUGAUGGAGCUGCAGAGAGUGCACCCCCCUGAAGACGAGAUCCUCAACCAGUACCUUGUGCCAGCCAUCUGCAAGGCCGCCGCCGUGCUGGGCAUGGAUAAGGCCACAGCAGAGCCUGUGUGUCGACUGCUGGAGACGACACUGCGGAGCACGCACCUGCCCAGCCGCAUCGGGGCGCUGCACGGCGUCCUCUACGUGCUGGAGUGUGACCUGCUGGACGACACCGCCCGCCAGCUCAUCCCUACGGUCAGCGAGUACCUGCUCUCCAACCUCAGAACCCUAGCACAUUGUGUGAACCUACAUAACCAGCAGCACGUGUUGGUGAUGUGUGCUGUGGCGUUCUACAUGAUGGAGAAUUACCCUCUGGAUGUGGGGUCAGAGUUCAACGCUGGCAUCAUCCAGUUGUGCGGGGUGAUUCUGUCGGCCAGUGAGGAGGCCACGCCAUCAGUCAUCUACCACUGCGUGCUGCGGGGGCUGGAGCGGCUACUGCUGUCGGAGCAGCUGUCGCGCGUCGACGCAGAGACGCUGGUCAAGCUCAGUGUGGAGCGUGUCAACAUGCCCAGCCCCCACCGCGCCAUGGCCGCCCUGGGCCUCAUGCUCACCUGCAUGUACACAGGAAAGGAGAAAGUCAACCCUGGUCACCCUGGGGAUGCCGACCCAACUGCCACAGACAGUGAGACGGUCAUUGUUGCUAUGGAGCGUGUCUCUGUGCUCUUUGACAGGAUCCGUAAGGGCUUCCCUUGUGAAGCUCGCGUGGUAUCGCGGAUUCUGCCCCAGUUCCUGGACGACUUCUUCCCUCCUCAGGAUGUCAUGAACAAGGUCAUCGGAGAGUUCCUGUCCAAUCAGCAGCCUUACCCCCAAUUCAUGGCAACAGUGGUCUAUAAGGUGUUCCAGACGCUGCAUGCCACCGGCCAGUCGUCCAUGGUGCGCGACUGGGUGCUGCUGUCCCUCUCCAACUUCACCCAGCGCACGCCUGUGGCCAUGGCCAUGUGGAGUCUGACCUGCUUCUUCGUCAGCGCCUCCACCAGCCAGUGGAUCUCCGCUCUCCUGCCUCACGUGGUCAGUCGCAUGGGCAGGGCGGACACGGUGGACGUCAGCCUCUUCUGCCUGGUGGCCAUGGACUUCUACCGGCACCAGAUUGACGAGGAGCUGGACCGCCGCGCCUUCCAGUCCGUCUUCGAGAUGGUGGCCGUGCCGGGCAGUCCGUACCACCAGCUGCUGUGCUGCCUCCAGAGCAUCCACCAGGACACUCCGCUGUGAACAAGCCAGUCAGCCUCACUAGUUCACACUGUGACACCUCGUUAUGUCACAGUUUGUCAGUGUGUCCUCAAGUCACCACAACACCUCCAUGUAACGCCCUGUUAUCCUCAAUGCACUGGGAGGCCUUUUUGUCCAGAGGCCCAUCUAUGGUUAUAGUACCAAGGAUCAUCACCAAGACCACAGCCCCUCAAAAGAGUUCUAGAAUCACUGUGAGGUAGCCUUCCCACAAUGCACAGGGACUCCUUGCAGAGUGAUUGAUAUCUCUAGAGCAAACCAAGAGUCGUACUAAAGUCCCUCUGGAAAUCUGAAACCAUUAUACGACCAUCCCCACGUAGAGUAUGCAAUCAUGUUUAAUCGUGGGCGCUUUCUUUGCAUGAAAACACAAGAGUGUGGUAAAUUGACACUGUCAGAUGAACGCCUCCUGAAAGUGGAUCUGUGUCCAAGCAACAGGGUCUGACUUGACACCUCCACCUCCUGCCCGCCAGACAGCCAGCAGCUUUUGGCAGAGGUUCGUUAAACAACCAUUCAACUGACAAAGGCCUCCCCAAGAAGUGGUCUUCAUCUCAAUCCCAGGUCUUUUCCACUCCUCCAUAACUCACCCUGUUUGUCUCCAUGGUCUAGGUGGGGGGCUAACUUUAACAACCGGGCUUUCACUUACCCACUCCUUCUCUCUGCCAUCACCCCUCCCCUUUUCUGUCUGUCUGAAAAAAAAAAAAUAACAUUCCUUGAUUAUUAUGACUAUUGUUAUUAUUUUGCACGAAUGUUGCAUUGCUCUGUGGAUCUGUCCUCCAGCACUUGAACACUGAACAGAAUAUAAUAUAACUUAAUUUGUAUCUAUAUCCUCUCCUGAAGGAAGUAUGCUUGAGCCAUGGUGUUAUUACAAAAAAAAAUCAUUAAAUAAGACUGAGGAUGUAGUAUAUUUAAAAGUAAGAUGUGGUCAAUACUUCUAUUUUUGGUGCCGUUUUUGUUACAGUCUUCAGGAGUGAUCUAAAGGGGCCUUUUUUCCAAAGGGGUUGAAAUCUCAGUGUCUUGUGUGUGUGUGUGUGUGACUCUCAUCUGGUUCCUUUUUUAAUUAUUAUUUUGGUCACUCGUCAAUACUGCACUGCUCUUGAUGGAGUGGGAAAUGGAAAAUAAUUGUGAAAGGUUUGGUAAUGUGAAAGGUAGAAAGUUUGGUAAAAGCCAUAAUAACCAUACUUUUGUUUCUCUAUUGAUUGUAUUGUCAUGGUGGACAACAUUAUUCUUUGUUGUUAAGCAUGCUGCAACAAGUUGUUUGUCCAUUAAGGCAACAGCCUUGCGUAGUGUGACUGUUUUUAAUCUCAGGACACGAGAUGUGAUUAUUGAUCCCCAUAAUGACAAGAAGUUCUAUUUUAAUGGAGGGUGUAUCUAUAUUGUGUAAUAUGUAUGAAAGAAGACAAAAAAAUACAGAAAUCUGAAAGGACGUGUGUUUAAUCAAGAAAAAUGGGCGAUCCAGACGUCCCAUUGCCACUGUUUGUCGAGCACACAGAAUCGUUGACGCUAACCUCUGAAUGCCCACUUUGUUUUUUUGUUUUUUUAAAUAGGCCUGUGUCUCGUUACGUAUGCUUUGUUGAUUCAUUUGACAACAAAAUUCUCUUAAUGAGAAACUGUCUGAGCACUACUGAACUGUAAUAAAAUAAAAUCAACAAUAAAUUACAUUUUAUAAUCUUAUGUUUUAAUGCUCAAUUGAAGGAGGUGUAUUGUGAGCACUGUAAGUAUAUAAAGCCUUAGUCAGCAAUCUGAUCAUGUAUAUAUUCACUAGUGGCAUGCUCCUGAUAAUUGCAAAACUCUUUCAAUACCGAAAUAGUGACUGGGAAAAGUCAUGAUUUGGUACCAAUGCAGUCAGCUCUAAACCAUAGACUGGAUGAUGCCUUGAGCAAGCGUUGACAAAUCGCAGGUGUAUGCGGGCAGAGGUUACUGGCAAGGUUGGUCCAUAGCAGCAAGCCUCCUGCAGCAAUUCACACUUUGUAUGUUAGCAUUUCAGUGUUUACAGAACUUGAGGAAAGAUUUCUGUCUCUCUUUCUCACACUUUGAAAUAAGUAUUGAACAUGUGAACAGUGAUCAUAUUAGUAUGUCAGAAGCUUCAAAUUGACACUUGAUAUCUGUGUAAAAUGUAUCAUAUCCUCUCGCAGGAAGGUUUAACACUCACAGCUAACUGUUUCGGUCAACGUACCUUUCCAAAUGAUGUAUUUACACAAUAAAACAGUGAUGACAGCAUUGUUUUGUAACUGUUUCCAAACCCUGUUUCAUUUAUCAAGAAACCAACAUGGCAGGUCAAAUUACAAAUGUCGAAAUAAUGUUAAAUGUUUGGAUUUCAUGAAAUUCGAAAUGACAUGGGGGAACCAAGAAAACAUGGUUGAUGUGGGGCAUUUUUUUAUCAUCUGUUCUUGCAUGGCUACUGAGUGGGGUCCUUGGCCGCCUCUUAUUUUUAAAAACAGGGCCUGGACCUUCUGUUGCCCAUAAUACGCUUUCUGCAGAAAGCAACGAGCAAGGGACACACUGAGGGGCUGGGGUGGAGUCCAGCACACAGUUUAGCACAGCAGAAGUAGAAGUGCUUGUGGUAUUUUUUUUUUUUAUCCCUUUGUCUGCUGGUCUUUCUUUCUUUCUUUCUUUCUUUCUUUCUUUCUUUCUUUUAAAAUAAUUAUUAUAACAAUUAGAUUCAUGCAUAUCCCUGGUCUCACUAAAGGAAGAAAGGAAGUUGGCAUUGACCUACUGACCCCAACUCUCUCCAUCUGUCUGAAUUAGGCGGGAGCAGAUGCAUCUGUCUCCCACAGACGACAGGGCUUAAGGCACACUGGGAGUUCAUGAUGGCGCAGACAUGUUUUGCCUCUUAACUGUCUGUUUGGGGUCUGUUAACCCCGCUGUGUGAAGACACUAAACAGGAUUAUGAAAAAACUGCACCCAGAUCAGUUAGAGAAAUACAUGGCCAGCUCCGGAGUGCUCCUAAGAACCGUCAGUAGUUGAGUUGCUCUGCAAGCAAAUGCAUUAAGCAAAUUAUACAAUCAGAAGAUAUGAGUGUAAUUAAUGACUUAGUUAUGUAAAGUAAAACUUGAUACAUUUAAAUGAAUAAACGAUUUUAAGUGUCA